CGCUUGUAGUGCGUCGCGGUCAACUCUUCAGCAACACCAGGAUCCGAAGGAGUAGGAAGGAAGGAGGAAACGAGUUGCAUUGAAGAUAUAAAAUCCUGCACGCUUUUCUGCAUUCUUCAUUCACAAACAUCACUCGGUCAUGAUUCUUCAAUAGUCCUUACAAGCUCGGCAUAUAGUACCUACAUUUGUUGUGGACCUGUGCUUUGUGCAAAAAGUUAUUUGUCACCUGUUUUAAUUUUUAUAAGGAUUUAUUUCUGUUACGAAUUGCGAAAAAGAGGUUCUCCAGUGAUCACCAGCAAAAUGCAUAUAAAAGUGAUUUGUACUGUGAUUCUAUUGAGUGCUAUCGUUCACGGUGGACCAGCUAUUGGAGAAUCCGUCAAACCAGUGGAAAAUUUGGUCCAUCCGAAUGGUUAUCAUACGGUAGAAGAGUCUUUGAUGAAGAAACUUAACACAAAAUGUAUCGACCGCGAUAUCAGUUCUUGUAUGAUGUUAAAGCUGGUAACGUAUGUUAACCGAUUUUUAAAAAAAUCAACAAUUGAAAUCGGAGACGUAGAAAUCAAGCAAACAUCGGUCGAAAUGGAAACGGAAGAAUCUGGAAGAAGCUUGGAUGUAGACAAGAUGCCAGAAGAUGCUCAACUUUAUGAAGUAAUUGCCAACAAGUUUGCCAACUUUGUACGAACAAGGUCCCUCAAAUGGAAGGUUACCGAGGAUACCGAUGUUGUCGUUUCCACGAAUACCAAGAAUGAUGGAUCCCUUAAUUUGGAGUUGUCGUUGAAACCAAGCGAGGGAAUUGAAGGCGAGGCAAGAAAGAAGAAGAACCAAGGCUUGGGAGCUAUUCUUGCCUUAGCUGCUUUAAAAAUUGGUCUUCUCAAAGGAUUAGCCCUCAAAGCUCUAGCACUCUUGGUUGGAAAGGCACUAUUAGUCAGCAAGCUUGCGUUGGUCCUUGCGGCAGUAAUAGGUUUGAAAAAAUUGUUCCACCAAGAGAAGCACGUAACCUACGAGGUGGUGGCUCAUCCUCAUCACGAACACCAUGAACACCACGAAGUUAGUGGUGGUGCUUACGAGCACGGUGGUCACUCAUGGGGAAGGAAUUUCAAUGCCGCUGAACUUGCCUACAGGGCUCACAAACCGUCUCAUUAAAAGACGCCAUAAAGCAAUGCGCCGCAUCGGCGAUUAUCGUUAAUUCCAUUAUUUAUUUAAUUUAUUACUU